UAUAUCGAUAUAAGUAUAUUGUAUUUAAUAAUAAUAAAUAAAAUAAAAACCCUAUGGCUGCUACAAACGUUCAAUCUGGUGACGGAGCGAUUCACAGCCCUAAUUCACAACGACCGGUGGUUACAUCGCCGUGGAGUCAGAUUGUCCGUGGAGGUAGCGGCGAGCCGGAAGUAGUUGCUCCGGCGGUGAUUCCGGUUGCGGCGCCGGCAUCGCCGUCGUAUGUGAGUAAUGUUGUUGCGGCUGAUUGGUCGCCAGUAAAGGUGGCGCCGGAGACGGUGAGUUCGCCGGAGGAUUCCGGUGAUGGUUCGGAUAAUGUGUCGAAAAAACCGGUUUGGAAUAGGCCGUCGAAUGGAGUUGUGGAGGUUGUUAGUCCGGUUAUGGGCACGGCUUGGCCUGCGCUUGGUGAGUCGACUAAAGCCGCGGUUAAGUCGUCUUCAUCGGAGUCGUUAAAAACGCUUUCGGAGGGUUUAUCGACACCUGCAUUACAGGUGACAGGAAGUUCGUCUCCGUCUCACAAACAGGCUACUGCCAAUAAUGUGAGUUCUGCUUUAACUCCAAACCAUGUGGGAUCGCCACGAAGGUCUAAGCGGGGUGGUGGGAAUUCUAAUGCAAAUGCAUCAGCUAAUGGGGUGGUUUCUCAGCCACCACCAUCGAGUCAGGGUUCGGUAGUGGAAGCUCCACAUAAUUCAUCCGGAAAGCUGGGAAGUGCUGCUGAGCAUCCUUCUCCAAAGGAUCAUACGCAUAAGGAGUCGCAAAGAGGAGGUUUUGGAUCACAAUCUCACAGUGGUAAUGAUCACCAUCAUCAACGAGGUCCACAUAGAAGGGGGAAUGGCGGGCAGCAUCCACGAGGAGAUGGAUCUUAUCAUAACAACUAUGGAGGGAAGCGAGACCAGGAUCGCGGGAAUCAGGAAUGGAAUCAACAGAAUAGAAGCUUUAAUAACAGAGAUACACACAUGCAAUCUCAGAGAGGUUUUGGCAGGGGUUAUAUGCGACCUUCUUUACAUACUCCUGCCUCUUUUAUUCCUCCACCAAUGCCUGUGCCAGUGCAAUCUUUUGGCAACAACAUGAUGUACCCUGAUAUGGCAUCUCCUCUUUUUUAUAUGCCCGCUCCUCCUCCAGAUUCUGUAAGGGCUAUGCCAUUUGCUCCACCUUUACCGCCUGCAAUGUACUUUGCUGUUGAUCCCCAAUUGUAUGCUAACAUAGUGACCCAAAUUGAUUACUAUUUCAGUAAUGAGAACUUGGUCAGAGAUACAUACUUGCGGCAAAACAUGGAUGAACAAGGCUGGGUUUCCGUUAGCUUAAUAGCAGGCUUUAAAAAAGUCUCAUAUUUGACGGAUAAUGUGCAGCUAAUAUUAGAUGCUAUGCGAACUUCGACUGUUGUGGAAGUGCAGGGUGACAAGAUACGGCGGCGAAAUGAUUGGAUGAAAUGGAUAAUUCCUGCAGCUGCUCAGUUCUCAAAUCCAUCAAGCCCACAUGCUGCUAAUCAUGAGGGCUUGGUGCCCCAGUUUCAGGGUUUAGCACUGCAGGAACCAACUUCAUCAAAUCAGGUUUCUACUGAACAUUUUUCUAGCAGGUCAAGUUCUGAGGAAUUCACACAAGCUGGAGGUGAGGUGACUGGUCGUGUCAGUAAUCAGUAAGCUGGUUUUGAAAAUGCAACAGUGGCUUGAAGCUAUUAUAGCAGAGUUAUUAACUAAAACUCAUGUUUUGAGAAGAGUGGACCUCGAUGAUGAUGAUAUGGGCUAUCUUCGAUUCCCAUGGAAAUGAUGUUUUGAGAGGCACAUGGACAGACAAAAAAAAUUUAAAAAACUUGAAAACCAAAAAAAAUGAAAAAACCAAAAAAGAAACAAAAAGAGGAAAAGACUUUGAUUAAUAAUAAAAGAAACAACAAAAAGAUAGAAUCAUUAUGACAGUAGUAGUCUGGGUUUGUUGGAUUUAAGAGUUUACCUUUUUUUUUUUGGACCAAUGUCUUGAAGUUAUCUGUCCAUUGUGGAAUUUGGCUUAAUCUUAUACUUGAUAGCGGGGAAGAAUUUUGUGAUUUACUUCCCCAUCACCGCACUCGUGCUGCUCUGGUAGUCUCUCUGGGCCCUUUAUUGCUUUCUUUGAGGUGAUUUGGGCUUGUGAGAUUUGAUCAAAUGAAAUGGAUGAUUGAUUGUGUGCU